AUGAGCACGGCAUCCCGCAGCCCGAGCGCGUCCCCCAGCGGCAGUAGCGACGACGGCGCGUCGUCCUCGUCCCCCCGCAGCGCCAGCCCCGACCCCCACCACCGCCUCCCUCAUCGCGUCGCCACGGACGGCAAGCCCAGGAAGUGCCGCUUCAACGACUGCGACAACCUCGCCGUGGACGGCACGAGCAAGUGCGCGUUCCACAAGAACCGCCGCCAGUGCUGCGUGGCCAACUGCACGAACCAAGUGUACGCGCGCAAGCUGUGCGUCCGCCACGGCGGCAAGAAACAGUGUCAAGCCGAGAGCUGCGACGCGCACGCGCGCGGGGGCGGCUUCUGUCUCCAGCACGGCGGCUUUGUCGUCAAGCGCUUCUGCAUCGUCGAAGGCUGUUCCAAGCAGGCGCACGCGCGGCAAAAGUGCGUGCGCCACGGCGGUGGUCGCCGCUGCAAAGUCGACGGCUGCAUGCAACACGCGCGCGCCGGGGGGCUGUGCAACCGCCACUCGCACGGCCACGAGUGCCGCGUCGACGGCUGCAACAAGACGGCGCAGCACUCGGGCUCCAUCUGUUUCCGCCAUGCCAUGGAGCUGCGCGCGCACGGGGAAGAAGUGCCGGAGCUCAACAUCUCCAAGGGCGGGCGACUGAGCAGCAAGAAGCGCAUGCAGCAGCAACGCGAGCAGCGGCUCAAGCAGGAGCAGUUCCACCACCUGCAGCUCCAGCACCAGCAGAUCUACCCGCCGUCGUCGUCCCACUUUAUGCACCACCACCAGCAUCAGCCUCAACAUCCGCAGCAGCAUCCACAUCCGCAGCAUCAGCAACAGCAGCAGCAAUCGCUGUCGAUUCAGGUCCCGCAGAGCCAGUCCAUGCAGAGCCAGCACCCGCAGCCAUCCAGUGCGUCGAAUCCGUUCGGGCUGCCGCUGAAGAUCAACGUGCCGUCGACGAUGCCCAAGUUUAGUCUGCGCACGCCGUUGGGCAACAGUUUUCCCACGCCGCGGAGUCACGAGUUCUCGCUGCUCAUGGGGCUCCCGUCGCCGCAGAUUGACAACUCGCAGCUGCCGAGUGUUUUGGCCAUGACGAGCGCGGGCGCGAGCGCCGGUAUGACGACCACUAGCGGCCAGCGUACGCCUGGCAUUGACAGUUUCCUGGCCAGCAGCGGUCCACCCAGUGUCUCCCGCGGCAUUGGGAGCAACUUUUUGUCGCUGGGGCUGUUUCCGACCCCGCGACUGUCGGACCGGACGCCUGGAGGCAAUGAAGACACGAUGAUGAGCGACUAUAUGAAGCUCAUGGGCGGUCCUGACACGCCUAUGACGUUCCACGCGAACGGGGGGCACUUUGGUGCGACGCCAUUGCUCGAGAACAUUGGCGCGAACGUGUUUGAGCACAGUCAAAGCCACGGAACGAAUGGCUCGAGGAAUCACAUGGCGGCGAUCGCUGCUGGAGCUGCAGUGCACAAUAGCGGCCAGCAGCGCAUGAAGAUGGACUUUCUGUCGCCACGUGGAUUGGCGUCGCACAGCUUCCAGAGCGCGGGGUUUCCCACGUCAACGUCGUCAAGUGAAGGCAUGAGUUCUAGUGCCACCUUAUCUGCUACAACAGAUUAUGCUGCGCAGUUUUUUGCGGAUACCAAGAGCGACAAGGUGCGUGGCCAUCUGAAGACGUCGUCCGUCUCUGCUACUACGGCAGCUACGCCGAAACCCACAGGCGUCACCGCUGCAUAG